CUGGCGGCUCACGCAAUCCAAACAAUCAUAGCACAAAACAACAUGGCCGCGUCGUGUGCGUGAGUUUCCAGCCAACAUGACAUCACCCACGAAGUCCAUCGAGGUGAAGCUGGAAUUAGGUCACCGGGCCGUGCUGCGUGCGCGUCCGACGGCCGAGGGUUUCACCCACGAUUGGACCGUUUUCGUGCGUGGGCCCGAGGGCUGCAACAUCCACCACUUCGUCGACAAGGUCAUCUUCCUGUUGCACGAAAGCUUUCCCAAGCCCAAGCGAGUGCUAAAGGAGCCGCCCUACCAAGUGUCAGAAAGCGGCUAUGCGGGCUUUAACAUGCCUGUGGAGGUGUACUUCCGCACCAAGGAGGACCCCAAGAAAGUCACGUUUGUCUACGACCUGUACCUCUCCGUGGACGGCACUCCAAUCUCCAACAUACGCUGUGAAAAGCUCACCUUUCACAACCCGCCCGACGACUUCUGCCAUAAGCUUCUCAAGGCAGGAGGGACGGAGGCUAACCGUGCCGGCUCAAACACAUCACCUGCCCCUCCUGGCAGCCCGUCACGAAAUGCAGCUCCACCAGCACGGUCCAGAAGUGAAGGCCGCAAGAAGCCACGCAUGUCAAGCGACAUGGUUAGAAGCCCCCCUGUGGAGCAGCCACCACCCCCGCCGCCGCUUCCACCCUCCCCUCCUCCACCGGUGCCUCAUAACCCCAUGGCUGACCUUUUCAGCACACCAGCUGCCAAGAAGGAAAUGCCACCUGAGAAAUCAUCCAAAGGAAAGGAGCAGAAGAGCAGCCAAUCUAAAUCCAAGUCAAGCAAGAGCCAUAGCAGCAGUGGCACCAGCAGCACGAGUUCACAUAAGUUGUCGUCUUCAUCUGGCAGCAAAGAACACAAAAGCAGCUCCAGGGACAAAGAGCGGCAUAAAGACCCGUCUCGAGAGAAAAACAAAGAACGGGAUAAGUCACGUGACACGAAGCUUUCCUCCGCAGCAGAAGGUGACGCCAAGGCAGCGGAGCAGAAACCACUGGAACACAAGGCUGAGCACAAGCCUGAGCACAAAAGUGAACACAAGAGUGAGCACAAGGGUGAACACAAGGGUGAGCAUAAAGUUGAGCACAAAUCUGAACACAAGGUGGAGCACAAGGCUGAGCGCAAGGCUGAACACAAGACAGCUGAGCACAAGACUGAACACAAAAGCGACCACAAAGCAGAACACAAGGCUGAACAUAAGAUUGAACACAAAGCCGAACACAAAUCCGAAGAGAAAGCCGACCACAAAGCUGAACACAAAGCACUUGAACCAAAAGUUCCUGAACCGAAGCAAGCGGAGGCAAAGGUUCCCGAGCCCAAGUUACCCGAGAGCAAAGGGUCGUCUGAAGUGGAUUCAAGACGAGCAGAGAAGUCAUCCCAGAAGCACAGGGAUAAGACGAAGGACAAAAGCUCCAAAGAGCGGUCGUCAAAAGAGCAUGGCCCUCAGAAGGAGUCCACUCACAAGACAUCUUCUCUGCCACCACCCGCAUCCACUGAAUCCAGUUCCUCAAAAAGCUCAAAGAACGCUUCUGCACCACGGCGUCCGCUGUCGCCGCCUCCUCCCAAGAAACCAAGACUUCAGGAACCAGAGAGAAAGAAAAAGGACUCUUCGAAGACGCACCGGCCAAAGGACUCUCCUAAAAAGCCACCCGAGCAUCCGGAUCGGAAGCCGCCCGAGCCUUCCGAAAAACUGCCAUCGCCGUUGCUACCACUGCCUGCCUCUCCGCCACCCGUGCUGCCAGUUCGAGAGCCGAGUCCAGUUCAUGCAACGAACCAGUCUGUCCCUGCACCUCCUCCCGUCUCUGAAGAAUCAAACAGCCCCAAGGUGCCAGCAGCUCCUGCAAGGGGCCCACUCAACCAGCUCAUGCUCGAAAUGGAGCAAGAGGACCUCCUGUCACCACUCUCUAGCCCGUCGGCGUCACCAACGCCAACGAGAGAAGUCGUCGCUCCCAUUGCAAAAGCACCGCCACCACCGUCUGCAGCCGAUCAUCUUCAGGAGCUUCAAGAGCUCAAAAAACGAAUCCUAAACUUAGAAGAUCCACGGCGGCUGCAAGCAGUGGUGGACCUUGUAGAAGGCACAGGCCUUUACAAGAUGACCGAGGAAUCCUUUGACUUUGACCUGUGCACGCUGGACAAAAUGACUUUGGAGAGGCUACAAGCUUGCCUGAACGGCAGGUGAAAUAGUCCUUGGUGCUUGGUGGCAUGGUGUGGUCGUGGAUCUCCUCUCAUCACCAAAGAGUGCACUCUUCCUGCCCCAUGUCAUGGAUCUCGCUUCUCAGCCACGCAGGCGUGGUGACACACAGUGGGUAGGGGGUUUCCCGCGGGAGUAUGUGCAAUGUCCCAGGUGUGGGUGGGCAGCUCUUGUACCUGUCUGAAAAACGUGUGACGGCAUGCAUCAGUUGAGAAAACUGAAAAAUGCUUCGAGUUGCUAGAGCUAACUGUUCAGUGGCAUUUUUGUUUAUAUUUCUCAGUAUUUUUGCUGUUGUCUGCGAAAUUGAGCUUUUGAAGGCCAUGAAACGCUCAUCUCUGAACACUUGGUUUUCCUAAGGGUCCCCCCCACCCCACUUUGCAAGAGCAGCAACAAUAAGUGCAGCACCACUCAAACUCAGCCCAAAUUAACCAAUGUCACUGUAAUAUAUUAGGAUAUCGUCAUUUGUAGUUUUUCCCAAGUGGUACAAAUACCUUGGCUAGCACAUCUUUUUGCCCGGUGCAGAAGCAAGAUAUUUUGUGUGCGGAGUCUUCUUUUCAUGUCUCUUGCCACUCUUCUCACUGUGUGCCAGUUGGGAAGAAUGCAACGACAUUGCUCUCCAUUAUCACCACACUUUCACUAUUCUUGUUCGCUAUAGAUUACAUUUGUCACUGGCUCUCUUCAUGCCUUUUCUGUAUCACUCCUCACUCAUUCUCUCUCUUCCCGGUUCGCUCCUUGGGGCUACCCGGUUCCUCACUCAGACUUGUACAUGUGAAGUUUUAAUUUUUUUUAUCGUUUUGGUCAUCUUUCACUCAUCUGUUAUCAGUAUGACUUUAAGUUCUUCAGUGAAAAAUGCUAAAGAGUGAUGUUUAUAUGCAAGUUAAUGUGCUAUCAUGGCCCAUUCCUAAGUUACUGUAAAUAAAUAUGGCAUGUUGU